CUUGCCAGCGACAUCCUGGACAUCAUCCAAGGCUACAGCCAGCACUUGCCCUCAGCCGACAACGAGGGCGAGACUGGACACUCUCAGAAGUGGCUGGGAAAGGGUCUAUUCAUGGACAAGGUCAAGGCCCAGCUGGAGAACAACCAGGCCAUCCGCCUGAUUCUGCCUGCUUUUCCUUGGAAGAGUGUCAACAAGGUGGACAAGGUUACCGGCAUCCUGCCUGACCUGGGCGAGGAGCUUGCUCUCUACCGCCUCAACCAGAUGUGUGAGGACAUCAGGGCUGUCUACCCCCUUGGCGGUCAAGUCCACAUAGCCACAGACGGGCUUGUCUUCGACGACGUGGUCGGCAUCCCUGAUGAGGACACGUGGGCUUAUGGAGAGGGCCUGCUGGCCAUGGCUCGCGAGCACAAUCUCAAGAACAUCCGCCUUAUGCGCGUCAUGGAUAUCUUUGGCUACACCGAGGGCAAGACUCUUGACCAGGAGCUGUACCUAUCCCUGGCAGAGAGCUGCCGCAAGGAGAUCCUGGCCAAGUACGGCCGCACAGAGGAAGAAGUCCGCCAGAUGAUGAAGGACGACCCAGACACGCUCCUGACCUACCGCGGCUUCAUUCACUUCCUCGAGGCCGAUCUCAAGUACAGCCCCGUCACGGCGGCCACCAAGGCCAUCAGCGGCAACCAGUACCGCAAGACAGUCAAGAAGGUGGCCAUCCAGAUGAUGAUCCGUGCCGAGUCCUUCACCAAGCUGCUGCAGGCACGCUGUGCAGACUACGUGCGCCUCUCGAUCCACCCUUCCACAGGCGCCGUCAAGCUCUCCGUCCCGCUGGUCGUGCAGGGCUCGGGCGCGUUCCCUCGUUCCCCGUGGCAUUCGAGCCUCGCCAUGGCCGUCGACGGCUCCUACAGCACUGUUCCCGCGCGGGAUGUACGUGAGACGCACGAUCUGAUCCUGCAAGAUGGCCGCGGCUACUACUUUCGAGAGAAGUCGGACGUGUGG